AUGCCUGCUGAAUGUGAAAUCCAUACUGCUAACCAUGGGGCAGUUCCACCUUUUAUUCAGCCUUUUGAGUUCCCGCGGUUCUCCAUUGGCCAGCGGGUCUUCAUUCCCUGCGUGGUGGUCUCUGGGGAUUUGCCCAUCACAAUCACCUGGCAGAAGGAUGGCAGGCCAAUCCCAGCUAGCCUUGGAGUGACGAUUGACAACAUCGACUUCACCAGCUCCUUAAGGAUUUCUAAUCUUUCACUGAUGCACAAUGGGAAUUAUACCUGUAUAGCUAGAAAUGAUGCAGCAGCUGUGGAGCACCAAAGCCAAUUAAUUGUGAGAGUGCCUCCUAGGUUUGUAGUUCAGCCCAGCGACCAGGAUGGGAUCUAUGGAAAAGCUGUAAUUCUCAACUGCUCUGCAGAAGGUUAUCCUGUUCCUACCAUUGUCUGGAAGUACUCAAAAGGUGCCGGGGUUCCACAGUUCCAGCCAAUUGCAUUGAAUGGUCGUAUCCAGCUUCUCACAAAUGGCUCCUUGCUGAUUAAACACGUGCUGGAAGAAGACAGUGGAUACUACCUCUGCAAGGUCAGCAAUGAUGUGGGAGCAGACGUCAGCAAGUCCAUGUACCUCACUGUUAAAAUUCCAGCUAUGAUAACUUCCUAUCCAAAUACCACCUUGGCAACACAAGGUCAAAAGAAGGAGAUGAGCUGCACGGCACAUGGAGAGAAACCCAUCAUAGUCCGCUGGGAAAAAGAAGACCGAAUCAUUAACCCUGAAAUGUCCCGUUACCUUGUUUCCACCAAGGAAGUUGGAGAUGAAGUGAUCUCUACUCUGCAGAUUUUGCCAACUGUGCGUGAAGAUUCUGGCUUCUUUUCCUGCCAUGCCAUCAAUUCUUAUGGGGAGGAUCGUGGAAUAAUUCAGCUCACUGUGCAAGAGCCCCCCGACCCUCCUGAAAUAGAAAUCAGAGAAGUGAGAGCACGCAGUAUUGCCCUCAGAUGGACCAUGGGAUUUGAUGGGAACAGCCCAAUCACUGGCUAUGAUAUCGAGUGCAAGAACAAGUCGGACUCUUGGGAUUCUGUUCAGAGGACCAAAGAUGUUUCCCCUCAGCUAAACCAAGCCACUAUCAUUGACCUCCACCCUUCCUCAACUUACAACAUUCGCAUGUAUGCCAAGAAUCGCAUCGGCAAGAGUGAGGCCAGCAAUGAGCUCACCAUCACUACUGAUGAAGCAGCUCCUGAUGGGCCGCCUCAGGAUGUCCAACUAGAACCUAUAUCUUCACAAAGCAUUAGGGUCACCUGGAAGGCUCCAAAGAAGCACUUGCAAAAUGGAAUUAUUCGUGGAUACCAGAUAGGUUAUCGGGAGUACAGUGCAGGCGGAAAUUUCCAGUUCAAUAUCAUCAGUAUUGACACCACUGGAGACAGUGAAGUUUAUACGCUGAAUAACCUGAAAAAAUUCACCCAGUAUGGCAUGGUAGUCCAGGCUUGUAAUCGGGCUGGAAUAGGACCUUCUUCUCAGGAAAUCAUCACCACUACUCUUGAGGAUGUCCCCAGUUGCCCUCCAGGGAACGUCCAAGCCACUGCCACAUCACCAGAAACCAUCUCUAUUUCUUGGUCAACACUGGCAAAAGAAACUCUGAAUGGGAUUCUGCAAGGAUUUAGGGUUAUCUACUGGGCCAAUCUCUUGGAUGGAGAGCUAGGAGAGAUAAAGAAUGUCACUACUACACAGCCAUCACUAGAGCUUGAUGGCCUUGAAAAAUACACCAACUACAGCAUUCAGGUGUUGGCUUUUACACGAGCUGGAGAUGGAGUGAGAAGUGAACAAAUUUUCACCCGCACUAAAGAAGAUGUUCCAGGUCCUCCUGCGGGUGUUAAAGCAGCUGCAGCUUCAGCCUCCACCGUCUUCGUCUCCUGGCUCCCUCCCCUCAAGCUGAAUGGCAUCAUUCGGAAAUACACUGUCUUCUGCUCACACCCCUACCCCACAGUAAUCAGCGAGUUUGAAGCCUCUCCCGACUCAUUUUCCUACAGAAUCCCCAACCUGAGCCGGAAUCGCCAGUACAGUGUGUGGGUGGUAGCAGUGACUGCUGCAGGAAGAGGUAACAGCAGCGAGAUUAUCACUGUGGAACCUCUAGCUAAAGCUCCUGCCAGGAUUUUGACAUUCAGUGGCACAGUGACAACUCCCUGGAUGAAGGACAUCGUCCUCCCUUGCAAAGCCGUGGGAGAUCCAGCUCCAACAGUCAAAUGGAUGAAGGAUAGUAACGGGACACCCAGUCUAGUGAUGAUUGAUGGGCGACGAAGCAUCUUUAGCAAUGGCAGCUUUGUCAUCCGUACUGUGAAAGCAGAAGACUCCGGGUACUACAGCUGUGUGGCCAGUAACAACUGGGGAUCUGAUGAAAUAAUUUUGAAUUUGCAGGUACAAGUUCCACCAGACCAGCCAAGACUCACUGUAUCUAAAACUACAUCUUCCUCUAUCCCUCUUUCCUGGAUACCUGGAGACAAUGGUGGCAGUUCUAUCCGAGGUUAUAUUUUGCAGUACUCAGAAGAUAACAGUGAGCAGUGGGGUAGUUUUCCCAUUAGCCCUAGUGAGAGGUCCUACCGUUUAGAAACACUGAAAUGUGGCACUUGGUACAAGUUUACUUUAACUGCUCAGAAUGGAGUGGGACCAGGACGCAUCAGUGAGAUCAUUGAGGCCAAAACACUUGGAAAAGAGCCCCAGUUUUCGAAGGAACAAGAGCUCUUUGCUAGUAUCAACACCACAAGAGUGAGGCUGAACCUCAUAGGGUGGAAUGAUGGUGGUUGUCCUAUCACCUCCUUCACCCUGGAGUACCGGCCAUUUGGGACAACAGUAUGGACAACUGCCCAGCGGACAUCCCUGUCGAAGUCCUACAUACUGUAUGACCUUCAGGAGGCAACCUGGUAUGAACUGCAAAUGAGAGUGUGCAACAGUGCUGGCUGUGCAGAGAAACAAGCCAAAUUUGCAACACUCAAUUAUGAUGGCAGUACAAUCCCUCCACUCAUUAAGUCAGUUGUGCAAAGUGAGGAGGGGCUAGCAACCAACGAAGGGCUAAAGAUGCUGGUGACCAUUUCCUGUAUCUUGGUUGGGGUCUUGCUGCUUUUUGUGAUGCUGCUCAUCGUGAGGAGAAGGAGGAGAGAGCAGAGACUGAAGAGGCUACGAGAUGCAAAGAGUUUGGCUGAAAUGCUUAUGAGCAAGAACACCAGGACAUCAGAUACACUUAAUAAGCAGCAGCAAACACUGAGGAUGCACAUAGACAUUCCCAGAGCACAACUUCUGAUUGAGGAGAGGGACACGAUGGAGACCAUUGAUGACAGAUCAACAGUUCUGCUCACUGAUGCUGACUUUGGAGAGACAUCUAAACAGAAGUCACUGACUGUCACCCACACAGUACAUUACCAGUCUGUGUCACAAGCUACAGGACCACUAGUGGAUGUUUCUGAUGCCCGACCAGGAACAA